AUGAUGUUUCUAAGCGUUUUGCUGAAGCUGCUCUCAGGCACCCCUCUUCAUUACUUGCUCCAGAAAGGGUUGCUCGCCUUAACUUCAGCUGGUGCAAAACAUCUGACUGUAAUCGAACUUCAGCCAUCGGACCCUUCAAAGCGGAACUUUGGACUGUUUUUAGGGAAAAAAAAUCACAUAACGGCUUAUAAACGAGAGUUACCCCAGCAGUGGUGUUUUGAACAGGAAAAAAUCAUAACUCAUAUCAGUGUGGAAGUAUUUAUUUCAGAUCUUAAACAACUGAAGAAAACUGCUCCUUGA